AUGGCCUCCUCAGAGGGGACAAACGUGGCCUCCGCAGAGGGGACAAACGUGGACUCCUCAGAGGUUCCCAGGAACGAACCUGGAGGACUCGGGGUCCCAGGGAAGACUUUGCCUAUAUCUCUGGAACAGUCUAUGCAGGCAGUGUGCCCAAUGGGCACAACAUUAUUUGUUGAUGUUGCAAGAACUGCCCCUGAAGGUUAUAAGACCUUUGAAGCCUCAGUUUCUGAAAAGCUCUUUUAUAAUGUGGAAGGUACGAAAUUCAACUUUGCCUUCUCUGGACACCCCAGCAGAUGGUACCUGCAACCUUCAUGCUUCCUCAUCCUUAAGGCAAGAGCGCCCAGCUCUACGAUGUUUUCAGAUUGGGUUAGAAUUGACUACUUUAAAAGUGGGGAGGAACAUUCUGACUGUGUAGCUGUGACAAACAUCACCUGUGUCGGUAUUUCUCUAGAAGUGGAAGGCUACCAAGACAAAACACAGAACCAACAGGGAAUGAGGAGGCAUCAGGCAAAUGUCUAUUCCCCCUGGCGGGGGCCCAUCAUGCUUGUGAACUGUAGAUACGAGAAUAAAUACCCACCUGACACAGAUAAAGAAGAAAUUCUUAACGAAGACGCUAUUCAUCAAAUGUCAAAAAUGUGCUUGACGAUAUGUUCGCCACUUGGAUUUUUCAACAGUCACCGACUAACUAUUAAUUGCUCUCACCCAGACAAAGUGAAACUCUUUGGAGUUGAACGACCCUGCUUAAAUCCUCCUUACAUAAUGUUACUAGGGCCAAACAGACCUUCCCAUGUUAUCGCACAUCUGAGAAACCAAGAAACUAGGAAAUUUUUUGCGGAAGCACUUUCCUUCCCAGAUGCUGACUUCUCUGGGUUGGUUUCUUUCACUGUCUCCCUUCUGGAGAAUUCUAACGAGGAUGUCUCUCAACCUCCGAUUUAUGAAGAACAAGUGGUUUUCCGUGUGGCACCGUGGAUCAUGAUUGCUAACACCCAACCACCUGUGGAGAUCUAUGUGACCAAAUGUAUACCCAAAUCCAACUUCAUAAGUACUGUUCUUGACUAUUCCCAUGUAAUUCGUUGCAAGCUGACUUUCUGCCCUAAGGAUGAAACUCGUCUAGACACAUGGAUUGGGAACGAGGUGGCAUUUGGGUACACCUACAGUCCUCAACAAUAUUUUCCUGUUGUACUUGACUGCCCCUGGAACAAGGGACUAGAGAACUUCGUGUUCAAAAACAAACUGCCAUCACGCUUUGGUUAUGUGAUCCGUAAACGGGAAGAUGAUGACAAUCUGGAUGCCACUGGGUUCCUGGAAGUCAGCCCACCAGUCACUGCCAAUGGUAUCUUUUAUCCACUGGGCAGGAUUCUCAUUGGCGACGGCAGCUUGCCCAGGGAAAACAUCCCAGAAGUGAACCUAAGGUUGCGGAGAUUCAUCUAUGCCCAAAAUAUGCAAGACCCCCUGGAACUCUUCUCUGCAUGGCUUCUGGAGGGCAACGUGAAAGAAUUCAUGACCUUCGUCCCUGCCAAUGAUGAAAAGGGCUUCCGGCUGCUCCUGGCUAGUCCCAGGGCCUGCUAUGAGCUAUUCAAGCUGGAGCAAAGACACGGGCAUGGGAAUGCUUCUGUGUUAGAGAAGGUGGAUGAACACCUGCUCCAGUAUACUGAAAGGGUGAAGAUGAGUAUCGAUGAGAUCUUGGCUGAUAAGUCCUUAAAGAGACAGAAUGACUACGUAGAGACUUGCAUCGCUUAUAACCAAAGGGUGCUAGAGGCGGAACUGGGCAUCUCAGAGACAGACAUCAUCUAUAUUCCUCAGCUGUUUCGCCUGGGCUGGAUCCAGGAUCCUACCACCCGAAAAGAAGUGCUCCGAGCAGGGCAUCUCUUCCCAAACAUGUUGAAUAUGCUGGUUCUAGGAUCUUACCUGGGGAUCCCCAAACCCUUCGGGCCCUUAAUCAAUGGAGAAUGCUGUGUGGAGAAGAAGGUCCAGAGCCUACUGGAGCCAUUGGGCCUGAAUUGUUUUUUCAUUGGGGAAUUCUUCGGUCAUCAGGAAGAUCAGGGGGAUGCCUACUACUGGAUUAACAUUUGCCGGAAACCGUUACCCUACAAGUGGUGGGACUUUAUGAUAUGA